AUGAGAUUUUGUGGAUGGGAUCCGGGAGAACGGUGGCUUUUAAUUGGGAAUCGAAGGAAUCAGGAGGGUUAUUGGGACAGUGUAUCUUUGGCGAAGGAAAGUCAUGCUCAGCGAUGUAAGUUGCGAGAUUCGGGGAGAAAGGAAGAUUUUUUUAUGGUGUUUUGGGACCUGUGGGAUUCUGGAAAAUCUGGGCUGAUAAAGGGUGAAGAUGUGGCUGGAUACUUCAUCUACACGACUGUCACAGAGGCUUCUGAACUAGGUGGAACAGGGGAUGUUAAUGUGGGAGAUGUUCCUAUGGAUCUAGAUGAUAAUAAAUUUGAUUUAGUGGGGAAUGUUAGGUCUGGAAGUGAAGAGGAGGAUUUUGAGAAUCUUACAGAUGGGGAGGCUGCUGACGACAUAGUGAAUGGUGCAACUGAUGUUCUGGAUGAUGAUGCGGCUGCUAUCCAAGCAGGGAAGACAAGUGAGACAGGACUGGUUGAGAGGGAGGAGGCGAAAAAGAAGGGUACUCGUAAGGCGUUGUUUAAGCAGACGGGAUUGGCAGUGGGGAUCUCAAACAAGAAGUUUGUCCAGGUGGUCCUAUCACCACGCAAGCGUGGUCAUGCUAAAUCUGGUACUCGUCAAGGAGAUGGGAUGAAACAGGCUACGGAUAAGGGCACUUCAAACCCUAAAGCUGGCUCUUCUAAACCUUAA